AUGCAGACUCUUCUUCACAAUGAGGCAUCACCCGAUUCCGGUCCGGCCCGCAAGAAGCGAAUCCCGGUGAAAUGCGAUGGGCUGCGGCCAUGCUCUCGUUGUCGCACUCUGCAGAAGAUAUGCGAGUUUGUCGAGCGCCCAAAGGAUCCAUAUGAAACGAAAAUGGAGGCCUUGGAAAAGGAAAUCGAAUCACUAAAGACGCAAUUGCAAACACCAUCCAACAACUCCAAUUCGGUGCCGAGUCCCUGCAGUUGGCCUGGGAUGCCGCUGGAAGUCGCUGGAGUCGCACUUCCUGUCACUGAAAGCGCCGUAAUGGCUCAGGAAGCGUCUCUUCGCCCCUCAGGCGACUCUUUGACGAGGACAGCAGUGCCUCAGAAGAGGAACAGAGCACACUUUGAGGCCGGCACCCCACCGACAAUCCCGGAUCUCGACCCUAUCACCGCCGGCUUGAUCACCCGCGAAGCCGCCGAGUCCUUUUUCGGCACGUUUUUCUCGGGCUGCGACCGGUAUGUGCCCGUGUUCGAUCCCUCAUACGAUACCUUCGACAGCGUUCGGCACCGCAGCGCCGUCCUCUUCAGCGCAAUUUGUUCAGUUGGCUGUCGCGUUAUGACGGGGUCCGAGUCGCACCCGACUCGCCGUCUCGGCGUGCACACACAGCGGAUGCUCAAUGCUUCCAUCGCUGCGCCGCCGAGCCGCGGUGGCCAGCAGGCCUGUCUUGAAACCGUGCAAGCCUUCCUCGUCAGGGCUUGCUAUGCCCCCGAGAGAUCCCUGCUUGUGGCCGUUGCUACCCGUAUGGCGCUGGAGCUCGGUUUACCCGAGGCUUUCGGAGUUCUCAGCGCCCGCCAUGUCACUAACUCUCGAACUGGGAUGGUGGCCACGUCGUACCCAUUUCCGGAGCCAGCGACCGCCUCGUCUGCCGAGAAACCUGGCGAUGACGGCGCCACUUUGAUGCGCAAGACCCGAACAUGGUUGCACCUCCUCAUGAUGGGCCAGAUACUGCACGUUGAUGCGGGUGGUGCUCCCAGCUUCCGAUUUCGGGGGUCCGCCCAGCGGUGCCGCAUCUUGCUCGACAGCCCCUUUUCGACUGGCAUGGACUUGUACCUCUUCGCCCAAGUUGAGCUGAACGCGAUUCGGGCCAGGAUACACUCCACGCUCACAAGUUACGUCCGAAAUCGCCUACCAGGGGAACCAGACGACGAUGAGCUCAUGGAAAUGGUCAGCGAUAACAAGAUCGACCUCAACGUCUGGUUCGAUGACUGGACACGUAUUUACGAGAAACACACAGCCCGGAUGCCCUGGUUGACCCCGAAUCUCGCCGUCCAGCGAUGCUGGGCCGACAGUAUGGCUGUGUGCUGUGCGCUCAAGGCCGCCGGGGUCGAGAACGUCAACGCCAUGUCAUCUACCCAGAGGGCCAUCCUAGGUAUGGCCAAGAGGUCGUUGAAACAGCACCUUGACAUCAUUCUCGAGGAGCCACGCGUGUAUCUGCGCAGCAUUCGAUACGCCAUGGACUUUGUGUGGGCCAAAAACGCCUUCUGCUACCUGCUCCUCCUGAAAUUGUCGAUAUUGUUACCGGACGAGGGCGAUGGGAGACUUGACGCUGGCAGGACUACCAACGAGGAGUUGGUCAAAAAAGGUCGAAUAUUAGUACAUGAGCUCGGCAGAGCCGCUGGCGGACCUGGAAAUGGCCCACGCAACAACAGCAGCAGCAGUCUUUACCUGCACCUUGUGCGUGUCAGCAUAGAGAAGUUCAGCCGAGCCACAGAAUCGCCGAACCAGACCGCUCGGCUCACCGAACCGCUUCCGCAAGAUGCGCUAAACUCCAAUAUUGCCGGGCAGCAAAGGAGGAUUGGAAACACGGACGAAGGCGAAUGGGCUGUCGACGGAACCGAAACCGAACUCGAGUCGUUCGUACCCGAGCAGUUCGUCUUCGAGUGGGACUUUCCCGGGCUCACAUUUUUCUCGUCGCCAACGCACGAGACCUCCUGGCUGGAUGACCUGCUGGCGGGGGCCAUCGACGGCGCGGACAACACAAGCAACUUUUAUGGCCUGAGAUGGGCAUCGAUGGACUUCAAUACUUCAUAG